GUCUUCUUCUUCUUUUUUUCCCUAAAUAAGCAAAGUAAAAAACUCCAGAUUGUCCAUAUCUUAAAAAUCUAUUCGUAAUUUCUCAACCUCAAAUAGCAAUUGCCAAUUGUUUUAACUGGCAAAGAAAAAGCAAUAAUUUCAUAGCAUCUUGGUAUUUUUCUGUCGGUUCACGUGUCGAUUUAGUGACAGAGGGGACAUAAAUUGUCCGAUACUUAACCAGUGAAACAUCAACUCCAAGUAUCUUUCUCAAAAUCCAACCGGAGCUGAUUUAAAACAAUUUGAUGAUUAUGAUUGAUCUCCAUCUCCAACCACUUUCACCACCAAACUCAAUCACUCUUCUUCUUCUUCAAGUAACCAUCACCCAAAAAGCUUCCAUUGUUCCUCGCUCCUUCUCGUCUCUGUUUCGAUUCCAACCAUGAAAACUUUGGUCGGAUUUUACAUCCUCUGUUUCUUAAUCGGACAAGAUCUGCCUUUCUUAGCUGCAGAUGACGUCAAUGUCAUAAACGAUUCGACCCAGAAUCUCUGUUUUGCAAACCGAUUAUCCGAUUUCCUCCCUCCACCGUACAGCAAUAUCUCCGAUAACAUGCCCUGUACUCCUCUUUGGAACACGUUCGUCUUACGGGUAAACCGAAAAACAUAAACCAACUUUUCCUAAAACCCAUAAUUUUGAUUUUCAACGCUGCUUGCUCUGUUUUGCAGUACUCAGAAAACAGAGACAAUGUGAUGACGAUUAUAGUAUCGGCUUUAUACACAACCGGGUGGGUUGGGAUUGGAUUCUCGAAAGAAGGAAGAAUGGUUGGAUCAAGCGCGAUGAUCGGAUGGAUUUCGAAAAAGGGUCACGCCAAAAUCAAACAAUACUAUCUCCAAGGAACGGAGAGAGACCAAGUUGUGCCGGAUCAAGGAGAAUUGCAACUACAAAAAGUCCCGCCGGUGGUGGCUCUUCACGGAGCAAUGAUUUACUUAGCUUUCCAGGUGAAAUUCGCCGUUAGAGUUCCUCGGAGAGCUGUCAUUCUAGCGUUUAGCACUGCUUAUCCUUCCAAGCUAGGCCGUUUGACUAAGCAUGAUGAUAAAACUACAGUCAUCGUCGAUUUUUCCAAAGCUAGUGGAGCAACCUCCAUAAAGACGACAACUUCUACGGAGAAGACAAAACAUGGAGUAAUGGCGAUACUCGGAUGGGGUUUCUUACUUCCUGUAGGGGCAAUCCUAGCAAGAUAUCUAAGACAUAAAGACCCUCUUUGGUACUAUCUUCAUAUCGGUUUUCAGUUCACGGGCUUUAUCUUCGGUUUAGCCGCAGUUAUUCUUGGGAUUCAGCUUUACAAUAGGAUCCAGCCGGAUAUACCUGCGCAUCGAGGCAUUGGGAUCUUUCUUCUAGUCCUUAGCACUCUUCAGGUUUUGGCUUUCUUUGCACGGCCACAGAAGGAGACAAAGAUGAGGAGAUAUUGGAAUUGGUAUCAUCAUUGGAUUGGGAGGAUCUCUCUCUUUUUUGGAGCAGUGAACAUUGUUCUUGGAAUUCGAAUGGCGGAUAAUGGAGGAGAUGGAUGGAAAAUUGGAUAUGGAUUUGUUCUGUCAGUCACGUUACUUGCUUUUGUUGUUCUUGAAAUAUUCAGGAUUCGUGGCACUAUCGGCUCACCAUCUUCUCGCAGCCCUCCCUCUUUUGAGACACAUCCAAGUUCUAGUACUAGUGUUUGAUUCAAGAUCUUCUGUUUUUUUUUUCUUGUACAUAAAGGUACUUUUUUUGUUUUCCCCAUAAUCAUUGGUCACUGAUUUUAUAGUCCAUAUGUGUUGUAAUUUUUUUUUUUUUUUUUUGGUUCGGCAAUAUGAUUUUCAAGUGGAAAUCGGUCUUGGUUUAGACUUUAGAGCAACAUGGUGAUAUUUGUUUUUUUAAGGUUUGUUUCUUUUUGGAUCUCAAUUUGUUGUCAUGUAAGUUGAGUUUUGAAGGUUGUUGUUCCUGGAAAGUGAAAUAUACGUAAUUCUUUAAUUCCUUAUGAGUUUGUAAAUGUGCAUAGACG